GCUUCCUCCUAGAAACUCUCAGUAUUGCACUGUGAGCCUACGUGCUGGAGAGUUAAAGUCGUCUAUAAAGGGGUCAUCCAGGUGAACACGAUGGGGAAAAUAGAGUGGGCGAUGUGGGCAAAUGAGCAGGCUCUGGCCUCGGGACUCAGUGAGUAUUUCACUUUUUUUCCUCUGGAAAAAUAACAUUUUUAAUUGAGUAUUAUGCCUCAAAAACUCAAAUCAUCAUGUACUUAUUGUGUUUUAAGCUAUCUUGGCACGUUAAUCAAGUAAUUCCUGGUCAUUGGAAAAGUACAUCGUCUUACUUUUUAUGUUUUUCAUUACACUAAUAUAUUUAAUUGUGCACAUUAACGAUGGAUAAAACCUCUCCCUAUAAGAAACACAAGGCUCUAUAUAUGAUAUAAAAUGUGCCUAUUUCCCUCUGUAUGUCAGUGUGUAAAAGGAACCUAAAUUGUGAAAUGUGUGAUUUUUUUUCUUCCUGUUUCCUUGUUUCAGUAUAUCUCACUGGAGGCAUUGUUGGGGUGGCUGGUCAGUUCAGAGGCUGGCAGUUUGCUGCUUUUGGUGUGUAUCCUUUAAGACCAUGCUGUAGAAACUGCAGGUUUAAGCUGAAGAUGGGACACUGAAGUUGUUGACUUACAUUUUAAGUCCCCCUUGUUUGUACUUAAAGAAUUACAGGUAUCUUUGUGAUGUUUUAUCAAUCAGGCCGGUUCUUUUAUUAUUAUUAACCUUUUAUUUAACCAGGAAGUUCCAUUGAGAUUAGUAAUCUUUUUUACAAGAGGAACCUGGCCAAGGUAGCAGCCAUACAGAUGAAGAUGCAGGAUAAAUUCGAAGCUAAUUUAUUCUAUGAAACAGCCUUUCAGUACAAUUACAUGCUGUGCAGGAAAAAUAUAUCCACCUGAGGUUUUUAUUUUAAAGACUAAGUUUUGUAGGUCUAGUUUUAGUGACUGAAAUGACUAAAACACAUGGGAUGUGAGUAAAUAUACACCUGCAUUUGAAGUUUGUUUCUUUUCGGGUGAUAAAAUUACCUGAGAAGUUCUAGUUCAUUGCUAGAACCUAAUGCAUACACAUUAAAAUCUAAAACUUAAGCACUGAAACAGACCAUAACAUGUCUUUGUCAUACCUUCAUUAUUGAAAUUAACCAUGAUUUAUUUAAAAUAAGAGGCCGCUGAUUGAAAGUUAGACAUUAUGACGCAGGGAUCAUUGUUUUUUGAAUCUGGCAUUCCCAUCAUAUUCUGCACAUAUUGUCCUUUAUAUUAGACACAACCAGUCCAUUUACCAUUGUCUGUCACAGACUAGCUUUGAAGUCUUAUCGUAGGUAUAAAGUGACUCAGUGAACCAUGUAAUGUGAGAAAGCCUUGACAGAUAAGCAGUGCUGCUGGAGUGUUUGUGUGUCUGCUGGAGUAUCCCCGGAGCAAGAGGUCUAAAGGAACAAGUGUGGGGAGAACGUAAGUGAGGACACCUCUGCUCUACAAGACUGCAUGCAUAUACUUUUAACUGACACAUCUUUGAAAGUUUAACACAUAAUACUUUCCCUUGUUGUCCCUCAGAGGUCAGUACUGCUUCACUGUGGUUGUCAAAGCCUUUGGGCCCCUCACCAGGAACUACUAUGUGAGAGCGUUUAUACAUGCUGCGUGAGUAAUGUGUCUUUUCUUUGCCAUACAGCAUUCUUCUUAUUCAUCACAAGUCAGUAAACAAAAGACUCCAAGACUUAGACUCAUUUGUCUUCAAAUCCCCCUCCAUCUGUCUGUCUACCUGUCUAGUCUCUGUGUACCUGGAGGUUUUAUGCUCGCCACUGUCCUGGGAUGUGUUUGCCUCGGUAUCGCCAGCAUCAUCUACCUUGUGGUAAGUUGAAGUUUGUUUUUUUUUUUUUUACAGUAUUUGCCUCCAGUAAAGCAGGUUAAUUACUAUCAAAACUGAUAAGGCUGUAAGAUGAAGCAGGAAGUGGCCUGUUGGUGGAAACAAGGAAAUGGCAACAAGGAAGAGAUUGUUUCGUUAGCUCUGUUGAGACAUGGCCCUGUAGUUAUGAAAUGUGAGAAGUCAGGGGUGUGCCUGAAUUCUUUAACUGAACUAGAUGUGUCACUCAAAGUAAUAAACCUUUCCAGGCUGAGCAAUUUGUGUUGUUAUAUUCAUGCACGUAUACAGGCGUGCAUGAUAAGAGCCAUCACUCCUCCUCAUCAUUUUUAUUACUGCGUGCAUUUGACUGAAAAUAACCAGCAAGUAUAACCUGUAUCCCUCGUCUUCUUUUUGCUUUCUAGGCAGCUAUCCGGGGUGAACACUGGGAGCCUAUUCUCCCUAGAAAGCCAGCCCAAAAGCCAAAUGUCGGGAGCAUUAACAAACCUCCUCAGAAUCCACCACCGAGACCUCCCCCAGAGACGCGCAGGAAGCGGGUAGAGGACCUGGAGGGAGCCGCCUAUGACAACGCCAUCAAUGUUACUGCUGACGAAUAACCAGCCCAGUGCCCUCUUCUGUCCUUCUCUUCCUCUGCCUGCCUGAUCUUGGCACAUUUUAACCCCAUCAAAACCAGUCACAGUGGGCUGUUACUAGACUCUGACUCCGGACGAAUGAAGAGUUUUCUGAAGUUUACAACAAGCAAGUGGCUCGACUAACACGUUUGGUCCACACCUUCAGACCUCAGCCUGCAGAGGAAAAUCUUUUAAAGUCAUAGUAAUAGCUGCAAGGUCACAGAAGGUUAAACAUAUGUAUUAUUUAACAUGUGAAGAGAAAAAUAUGUCAUAGGAGGUUAUUUCCUAGCUGAGCGGCUCUGCAGUACAGAUGUUGUCUUUAGUGAAAAGAUGCAGGGUUGGUAUAUUUUUAAAGCUGUUGUGAAAGUAGUUUUUUGCACUAUCUAUCAUAUUUGUCCUCAUAUACUGUAUCAAUUCAUCUAGAUUUUAGGACAGAUUUUACAAUCACUGUUUCACAGACUUGCGCUGAAGUCAACUGAUCACAUAAGGUCUACAUGAAAUUGGCAUUUUGACUGUAUAAGCUGUUUGUAGCCAUUUCCACUGGACUUUUUUGUCUUGUAAAUAAACCCCUUUUGCUCCUUGAAUCA